CCGAAUUAAACCCGGAUUCGACCAUUAUAGUGGUGGGGUUAAGGGUUAGGAUGUCGUGGACGAAGGGACAAGGAGAGCCACACAGCGCAUCAUAUUGAACAAUAAACUAUUUAUAGCGCUGAUUUUAACGCCAUCUGAUAGAUAAAUACAGAAUUCAACAAAAAGAUGUCUUUACAGUGGAAUUUUGUUGCUGGAUUUCUCUACUUUGAGAUUUUCUUACUUGUUCUUCUCAUGUUACCUUUCAUUAAAGCAUACAUGUGGCAGAAGAUUUUCCGAUCUCGAUGGUUGAACAUAGUGACAGCAUAUGCUCAUCUGUACUUAAAAUUUGUUACGUUUCUCCUCAUUUUACUCUUUGUAGAUGCAAUUCGUGAGAUUAGAAAAUACUCCGGCACAAAAGUUGACAUCAACCUUCCUGAGGCAGAGACUUCGAUGAACAUGAAGAUGUUCCGAGCUCAAAGAAACCUCUACAUAUCUGGAUUUGCAGUCCUUCUGCUGUGGGUGUUGAAUAGAAUAAGCACGUUGAUCUCCAUUGAAGCCACUCUCACAGCCUCGAAUGAAGCCUCUCUAAAGCAGGCCCGUGGGGCCUCUGAGCAGGCCCAGAAACUGAUGAAAGAAAUAGAAGAAUUGCAAAAGGAUAGCAAGCGUAAAUUGUCGCGUUCUAAUUCAAUGGCGGAUGUUGUCGUGGCUGCAGUUGCUGACAGCGAAGUCACCAAGGAACUGAAAUCUACUAAAGAAGAGGUUGCCAACCUCACCAAUGAGUUGGAGAAAGCUAAGCUUGACUUAGCAGCCUUCAGGAAGCAAGCUGAAGGGGUUAAUAUUGAGUAUGAUAGGCUUCUAACAGAGCAUGCCAAGCUACAGAAACAGUUAGAAGGUCAAGGAGAAGAAUCAAAGAAGGACAACUAAAGGAUCUUAUGAAUAAAUUAAUUUUUAUCAAGCUUUAAUAUUGCUUUUUGGUAUGGUUGAUAAAAUAUUUAAUUAUUUUAAAAGAGCAAUGAAAUUGUAGGGUUUUUUUUUGGUAAAUUUUAGCGUAGACAAAAAUAUAUUUUUACUCUAUUCCUUUAGACACCUGGCCAAGGACCAGCGAGUUAAUCACUACCCUAUUAGAUAGGUGGCAAUCCCUUUCACAUGACAAAUAUACACAUGAUGCUCUACAUAAACUAGUCUCAUGAAGAGGCUUAUGAAGUAGGGUUUUGUCAUGAGAAAAAAUUCUGGAAUCUGACAGGAUUUGAAGACAGGCAUCUGGGAUUGGAAGGCAUGCAUCUUCCACCAACCUAUUACAAUCAUCUUUAGCUCAACGCAGACAGCGCUGCUGUAAAAUAAUGAUAAUAAUAAUAAUACAAUAAUAAUAAUAAUAAUAAAAACAAUAAUAAUAAUAAAACAAUAAUAAUAAUAAAAAUAAUAAUAAUAAUAAUAAU